AUGAAGCGUUGUGACGCACCUCAGCCGUGACGACAACAGUCUCCACAACCACAACCACCACAACCAUCACCAGCACCACCACCGUCACCACCAGUACAGUAUCGACUCCCUCCGCAGCUGCUCUGCCGUCGCUACAGUGAGACGCCUGUGCCGCACGUGCGUUCUUGUUCUUGAGAGAAGCUCUUGUCCGCCGCUGCAGCCACCGGCCGCAACCAAGGCCUCUUGGUCGCACGAGUCAAGACCCCAGAAAAGCUGUCUCUGCCUUAUCCUCCCGUCAGCUGAUUGCGACGCCGUCGCCUCGACUGCUCCCAGUCCCAGGCGCUCCGAAGUUCUUUGUUCUCUGCCUCCAGCGUCUCUCGCUCGGCCACCGCCCACUCGCGUCGCCGCGCACACGAUCGCGAUCCACGCGUCCGCCGCUUGUCGAGUCCCUCGUCCACGUGAUUUUCACUCGGUCCCGGCCGCCCGCAGAAGGAAGGAACUCCCGCGCGUCGCCCGUCGAGACCGUGUGCCUGCGCCUGCGCCUUCCGCCGGACUCGUCCACGCCGUCUCUUUCUUCUUCUUCGUCUUCUUCCACCACCACGCAGAGCCCCCGCGGCCGCCAACCCAGCCCAGCACAUCCAUGACCGCUCAACCAUGGGACUACAUCGCCAAGAUCGUCUCCCUCGGCGACUCCGGCUGCGGUAAAUCCUCUCUCACAAUCCGCCUGUGCGAGGGCCGCUUCGUCUCCCACCACGAUGUCACCAUCGGCGUCGAGUUCGGCUCCCGCAUCGUGCCCGUUGGCCCGCCCGCCUCGCUCGCGCUGAACAUCAACAACCCCUCGGCCGUAAACCGCUACGCCCAGCAGGCGUCGCCGACGAAGAAGGGACGUGCCCAACAAGCAGACCUCCAAAAGCACAUGAAGCUAAGCCUGUGGGACACGGCCGGCCAAGAAACGUACAAAAGCAUCACGCGCAGCUACUUCCGGGGCGCGAGCGGCGCCUUGCUUGUCUUCGACAUUACGCGGCGCGAGACCUUUCUCAGCGUCACCGCCUGGCUGCAGGACCUGCGCCAGAUCGCCGAGGAGGGAAUUGUGGUGGUCCUAGUGGGCAACAAGUCGGACCUAGCCCCUUCCUCGACGGUGGCCCCCUCGGGCGCCGGCUCCGGCUCCGAUGGCGCGCAGGAGAACUUGCGACAAGUCACCCGCGAGGAGGCCGAGGACUGGUGCCGGGCGAACAAGGUCAUGCAGUACGUCGAGACGAGCGCAAAAAGCGGAGAAGGCGUCGAGCGUGCUUUCCUUGAGGUUGCAGAGAGGAUUUACCAGAACAUCGAGGCAGGCAAGUACGACCUGAACGACAGAAGGAGUGGCGUCAAGAGCGCCGCCGCCAGCGGCCACGCUGGCGGAAGAGGCAGCGUUAAGCUCAGCGACGCGGCGGGAGCUGUGAAGACGAGAGCCUGCUGUUGACAAAGCUCACAUGAACGUGUUGUGCGCUUGCAUUUGGGAGGUGUACUUUUAUAUACAUACUGCUCUGCUCUUGUCGAUUUACAGCAUGGCGUUCAGGCUUCACUAUCAACGGCGAAGUAGCUUCUUCUGUUAUAGAUACACUGACCACCGGCGGGCAUGUGAAUUCCGCGGUUUUUAAUCCAUCUUUGAAUAAGUUCUGCAUUGUGCAUCUACUAAGCUAUCCCACGGUGCCUG